AUGCAGAGCUUUACCUUUGCGCCGCCGACUCUGGCGCCAAGAGAGAAUCAGCGGAAUUAUGUCUUUGUGGACGAACACAAUAGACAUAAGCGCCUCAAAGUGAUGAGAGCAUGCGAAGGUUGUCGAAGGCGCAAGAUCAAAUGCGAUGCUGCGACCACGAACGCAUGGCCAUGCGCUGCUUGUAUCCGGUUGAAGCUCAAUUGCGUGCCACCCACCGUCAGCUAUGAUAAAGAUUUUAACUCUGGAACUCAGACCUUCGAACUCGAAACGAAGCCCGCCGAGUAUGCUGUGUCCGCUGUGAAUAGCCAGCAUGACUAUCAGCGCCAUGCGGUUAUGCCCCACGAACUCGCUUCGCAAAUGCCAGCCUCAUUGCCCACUCCGGUCACCGCAACGUAUGCAGAAAGCAUCAGGAUGUACCAGACGUCGCCCUACAUGGAACAGUCCCCGCAGGACCACAUUCAGUAUCCGCCUAUGGCGCAGCCCCAAGUUGUUGGACCGAACAUAACCUACCAACCUCAUCAAAUGUACUCUGAAGCCCAGUCUGCUGCGCCAGCUCCAUCUAUGAGCCCUCCAGCAACAGAACCAAAUUGGAGAAGCGAUCCAUCCUCGAAUCUCGCAGAUGCACUUGGUGAAUUAAAGAUUGACUAUACAGCAGUCGCACCAUACAUUACAAAUCAAAAGAAAAAUCUCGCAGAGACGCCUGCGCAAGAAGAGUUCGAGGUUCAACUACCCCCUUCGGCGAGUCUGGAUCAUACAAUUCGAAUACCACCAGAAAUGAUGCCUUCGGAUGAACAAGCGCUUCAGUAUUUCGAAUACUACUUCGACAGCAUCCAUCCGUACUGUCCAGUGAUUAAUCGUGCUUACUUUUACCAACAAUGGCAAACCGCUCCAGAAACCAUUUCACCACUCCUGCUAGAGGCCAUUUUUGCUUGCGCGUCGGUGAUGCUGGAAGGCGUUUCGGAAGGAAACAAGUGGUUGGCCCUUGCGUCCAAGCAUGAGGAGAGCUUUAAAGACGUUCCCCGAUUAAGCACGAUGCAGGCGGUGAUUUUGUUGAUGAAAGCAAGAGAAGCAUCCCCAAGGCGUGGCUAUUUUUGGCGCUCAUGGAUGACCGUUGUCAAUCUUGUUGCAAUGGCAAAGGACCUCGAAUUAGACGAGCAUUACGAAACGCACCAGAUGGGCAAAUCGUGUGGUUCUUCAGCACCUGAUUGCAUUGCGAAAACAAGGGUGUGGCAUACCCUAUUCGUGCUGGAGAUAAUGGUCGGGGGUCCUCAGGGACGAUUUGACUUCGGUGUUUACCUGGACACUGUGGACUUCGAGAUGCCCACACUAAUUCCUGGGCUUGACCGUGCUGAAUUUCAGAUUUCACGCCAGUUCGCUCAAUACAUCCGAAUUGUCAAGAACAUUCAGCAAACAACUCUAUCCCACGGAAAAUUGAGGAAGAAGAGAAAGGACUGGGCGUUGGAUCCUGAGUUCGUUGGCCAUAACGCCGACUGGCCGGUUUGGCUAAGGGAACUACCAAAUGACAUGCAGAUUGUCUAUCCACAGGACGGGUCGGCACCAUGGAUUCCAUCCCACUUCAUCGCGAAUAUGCACUGUUAUCACUAUCUUGGGGUAAUCAUGCACCUCCGACCGCAGCUCCAGGUUCUCUCGGACUCAUAUGACGGCGUGUGGAAGCAGCACAUGAUAUCCUGCUAUUCGGCAGCAAAGAACAUGUGCAAACUGCAGGAAGCGAUCUUGAAGACGUAUGGACUAGCCGGGCUACUCUGUAUGCAGAGGGGAAUGAGCUUCACUAUCUACGCAGUCCUCACCUGCACCAUGCUUCAUCUGGUUGCCAUAACUUGCCCAGAUCCAGAACUGAACAAUGAUGCUCGCGAGUUCUUUGUGAGACAUAUGCGGAUCCUAGAGACGUGUACCCCUUCAUGGCCAAUGCCAGAGAUGCAUCAGCAAGUCAACACCCUGCGUCAAGCAUUUUCUGCCGAUAUAACAAAGCCUUUCGUACUGAAACCUAGUUUUCCGUUUGGAAGUCCACAAGCCCCCGCGCAGUCCAGCCCACUAAGCAAUGAGGGUUCGUACCGGUCUCGUCUUCCCAGCCAGCACUCGCCUUUGGAACAUCCAGGUCAAGUCAACUACCAUGCCCACCCCAUCACUCCACCAAUCUCGGCUUCCGACCAGGAUCCCAAGGCUGACUCUCCAGUAGCUCAGCCUUUGGUUAUGAUGGCAGCUGGACAACGUGCGCCUCAGACCACCGCGAGUAUGCAAAUGCAAGAACCGGUGCAAUGGAACCCUCAACGCAUUUUUGACCAAUGGAAUGUUGCCUUUGGUACGCCCCCACCUAGCACAUCGUCCCAAUCGUCACCUCCUCUAAGACCGCCUCCCACAGGAACUUACGAAGUCCGGACACCACAGGAGAGCAAUCCACCGGGAUAUCAGCUACCAAAUGUCUCUCCUCAAUCAAACAGCAUUCAAAGCGUACAGUCUCAGCUACCGCCUCCUACUAGUUAUGCUACCCCGAGCGUUCCGUAUGUCACCCCGACUAUGUGGCAGGAGGUGGUUGCUAGCUCCUUUCCGGAUGGCCUCAAGCGCAGAUGGGACCAUGGAAACGCUCCAAUGAUAGAUCAAUCCAUGUAUAAACGAGCAAGAUGA